AUGAAGCCUAGGUACUGGGCACAGGCCGCUGAUGACGCUGAUGACGUUCCGCAUCCUCCAGCUGCGCCACUCAGAGCCUAUCGCUUCACCUCUGCUGGUGGGCGAGCUGCAGAGGUGGUUGACGGCGUGCCAAGGGGCUGCAUCUUCAAGGUUGGCUUCGAUGGAAAAGUUGUCCUCAUGGACGAAGGCCAUCACCUGGUCCGCCCCAAUAAGGUCUACGAAUCUCAGCUGAAGAACCUUCGCCAAUACGUUGAGUCGGCCCGCAACUCCGUUUUCGUGAGCUGCACGGGGUCUAUGGAGGCUGAUUCCAGCGCCGGCAUUGAAAACCAAGCCAUGAGUGACGAAGGGUUCCUUUCAUCGCACCACAAGCGUGGCCUUGGCUUCCCACGCCAGAUCCCUACAGCCUGCGCAGACGGGGCCUUCUCGGAGGAGCUGGAGGGCCUCGUCCAGCGGGAGGAGCUCUCCGGCCAUUCCCUCUCGCUCUACUUGUAUCAGGCCAUCCGGGUGCAGAAGGAGGAGACACCUGAGCAGACGCUGGCCAACUACACCAACAUCCACGUCUACUCUGGCUCUGCUGGACAGCCAACCUGCAAGGCUCAGAUCAUGAAGUACUCCAACUGCCGGCCCAAGUUUACGUUGGCCGUAGAAGAGGUUGUUACAGCAGCGAAGAAGGGACAAAAGAGUCUUGUUAUGGUGAGCAAACGCACUGGUUACAAAGCUAUGCUGUGGCUGCUUGAGGCUGCAGCUAAGAAGCAUGGUUUCAGUGUGGCGGAGUAUGACCAGCUGGCAGAUUUCAACAGCACGGAAAACAGGAACGGCAAGAAUUUCAUGGUUCUCAUCCUCACAACCGAGCACGGUGGGGAAAGCAUCCAAGCGUUCUGUGUCCGUGCAAUGCUUCUGCUGGAUGUGCCGACCCGUUACGCAGACCUGAAGCAGCGCUGCGGACGCGUGGUCCGCUGCCGCAGCCAUGAGGACCUGCCCGAGGCAGAUCGGGAUGUGCGCUUCGUCUUCUUCGUGGCCGAAAUGCCCGACUGCGGUCAAAACGAAGUUGGAGCAUUUGCACUGUGGGCCUUGUGUGGCUACUGGAAUGGCCCGAAGAGGAUCAAUUACUCGUCCGAACCGGACCCCGAAGAGAUCACAGAGAUCAGCGAGGCCUUCAGCCAGAGCAUGUCAAGACGACGCAUCCAAAGCCUGGAGCACCUGACUCGGUCCCUUCCUCGUAUUGGCAUCCCAAAGCUACUGAGUGAGGUGGCAGACCCCGCCGAGUAUCCUAAGUCAGCACGCCGGCUGCAGGCUGGACUGCAGCAGCUGCUGGAUAAGCCAGAGUCCAUUGCAGAAGUGACAGAGAUGCUGCCUACCACCACCUACGAUGAAGUCAAGGUCGAAGAGCUCAUGCAGCAGCUUGCAGAGAUGGCGCCUGCGUUGGACCUCGUUCGCUGCAGCGCCAUUGAUGCAGGGUUUUAUUGA